AUGCGGCCCUUCGCCGUCGUCCGCGGCGCGCUCGGCGCGGAGGCGCUCGCGGACCUGCGCCGCGAGGCCGACGCGCUCGCGGCGAAGACGCCGCCGACGGUCGCGAACGGCUGCGUGCUCGAGCCCGUCGUCGCCGCGGCCGGCGACGAAUGGCGCGCGGACCGGGCCGCCUACGCGGCCGCGCGGCGCGAGACCUGCGUUUCCGCGCUCUUCGACGCCCUCCCGCGCCUCGCGGCGGCGCACCUCGGCGCUCCCGACCGCGUCUUCCUCUUCAACGACCACUUCGUCGUGAAGCCCGCGCGGAGCGACGUCGCCUUCCGUUGGCACCGCGACGUCGACGAGCAGCUCGCGUCCUUCGCGGGGCCGCGGCGCCGCUACGUGUCCUGCUGGUGCCCCCUGGACGACGUCGACGAGGCCAACGGGUGCCUGGUCGUGCGCUUCCGGGGCGAGGAGCUCCCGCUGCGGUGCGCGGCGGGCGACGUCGUGCUGCUGAGCGACGACUGCGAGCACGCGUCCGGGGCCAACGGGUCGGCGUUCCCCCGGCGGGCCUUGUACGCGCAGUACUCCGACGGCGCCGUCGGCGGAGACCGGCCGCUCCGCCUCGCGAUCCCGGUCGACGUCUCGCGGCGAGAGCCGCCGAGGAAGCGGCCGCGGUGCGACCUGCCGGCCUUCGCGCCGGACCUCGACGCCGCGGCCGCGUCCGCGCGGACCGUGCUCGCGGACGUCGACGC